AUGGUUGAAGUGGUCUGCAUUGUGAUUGCGACAGGAGUAUUAAGCUUGGUGACCAUCAUUGGAAACAUUCUGGUCAUAGUUUCAAUCAAAGUAAACAGACAAUUACGAACUAUUAACAACUACUUUAUUUUCAGCUUAGCCUGUGCUGAUUUAAUCAUUGGUGCAUUGUCUAUAAAUCUAUACACCAUUUACACUGUCAAUGGAUACUGGCCUUUGGGUCCAGUGGUAUGUGAUUUAUGGCUUACUGUAGACUAUGUCGCCAGUAACGCUUCUGCCACGAACCUCCUUAUCAUCAGCUUUGACCGCUACUUCAGUGUGACAAAGCCCAUUAUAUACCCAGUGAAAAGAACCACUAAGAUAGCAGGGAUAAUGAUUGCAGCUGUUUGGAUGUUGUCUUUUCUACUGUGGGCUCCUGCCAUUCUCUUCUGGCAGUUCAUUGUGGGGGAGCGGAUUGUCCUAGACGAUGAGUGUUAUGUGCAGUUCUUCUCAAAUCCAGCUAUAACUUUUGGUACUGCUAUAGUUGCUUUCUAUAUCCCGGUUACCAUAAUGACAAUUUUGUAA